AUGUAUGCAUCCACGGGCGAAGCCGAGCUCAGGCAAAACAGUAACUCUGAAAACUCUGGAACCUCACCAGAACACCAAUCAUCCCCAAACUCUUGGACGUUGGGAGAUCGUACAUCGAAUGACCAUUUGCGGGCAAAAUCUCCUCACCAAACCGCAUCGGAGGAGCCCGAGGGACAUGACCGAAGCGAUAAGGACAGUCUACAGGGUAGCACCGAAAAAAGUAAACCAAAAGACAAGGUUAAAGCAAAUGCGACGGCCGAGACAUUCAAAGGGAAAGAGAAGGCAAUCGAAAAGGAGAAAGUGACCUCUCCUCAGAAGAAGCCGAUGCUAAACCGUCGAUCCUCCACUCGCUUGCAGACCAACGACAACUCAUCCUUGUCCAUCCUUUCCGACGACGAUGACCCCUCACUACCCUCAUCAGAAUGUCUUCCGGAUGAUCAGGCUGCCAUUGCUGACGCAUUGAAGGUUCAAAUACUGGGGAAGAAGAGGUCGAUGGCUGUCGUGGCAUCUGCUCUGAACCGCAACACGCUUGCUCUGGGAGGUCAUCAAUUAGAGCUGAUAGAAAUACAACGCAAGAACAAAAAAAGGGUUCAGGGUGAAAUUGGGGAGCUGAGAGUGCGUGUAGAUGCACUGGAAGUGUCUGGAUUGGGUGCCCACGUAGAUGAAUCUGUCAUCUCGGACGGAUCAGCUUCCCCGAAAGUGCCUACUGUGUCUCUCCUACGUGAUAUUAGGAUGCGUAUCAAGUCACUUGAAGGCAAUGUCCAUUCGCUAAAGGACGGUGUAGAUUGGAAGAAAACCUUGGACAAGGAACUUUGUCGGCUUAAGGACAAAGUAGAAAUUUAUGAGGAUUUUUCAAAAACUCUGCCCAAGCCGAAGGAUGUUAUGGAGGUACGCACAUAUGCCACGAAGGAGGUUACAAGGUUAGGAUCUCUCAUAUCCAAAGGGAUCUCGGAUCUACGUGAAGAGGUGAGGGUGGACCGAAAAACCUCGAUAGCUGACACCUUCAAAAAGGUCACCACCACCAUCAACUCACACAACGACACUCUUCGGGAGGAGAAUAGGAAGCUGUGGGCCAAGCUUGAAGCAGCUUUGGCAGAUAAUGAUGGUCUACGCGCUCGACUGCAGGCCCUUGAAUUGGGGUCCCAUCAGCACCAGCCUUAUACGUCUCGCUCAUCAUCCCCUGUGCAGACCGCGCCAAACCGCCACUUGUCAAGGAGUUAUUCUCAUCCAACCCACUCUCGGUCUCGGUCAUCAUCACCUGCAUCCCAUUCGCACAACCAGCGGACGAUGCCUCCGCCUCCGUUACCACCUUCUCACCGCCAUUCAGGUCUGAUGCCUCCACCAUCACCGAGGCAGCACUCGCCACCUUCGCUUCCACCAUUCUCACGACGGCGCUCAUCACCUCAGCUUCCGCCUCUGCCAAUCCCUCCACAAUCGACAUCAAGGUACCAGGAGAAGCAAGGGCAUAGCCCAGAAAUGGAAUCCCGCUCCCGUAAAGGUCAAAAGGCAAGCGAACACCAAUCAGUACAGGACGCAAGGUUUAGGAUUACUAUAGGCCCCUUCCCGGACUAUUUUUACACUGCGAGGGCCCCUGCAGUAGUGCGACGGUAUUUUGAGGAUGUGGUACAACCCCUACACUGCCCAUAUGUGCGCGAAAGCACUGUCGCUGGUGUCUAUGUCUUGGUAUUCAGUAAUCGACAGGAGGCCGAUGAGUUUGUAGAGAAGUGGAUAUAUCAGUUUCCGUCGUCGCAGCUCGGGGUCUAUAAGGGUAUCAACAUUCAAAGUGGGGGGGAUUUUUGA